AUGGCAGUCUUUCUCCAGCAGGCAAGACGAGUUGCAUACCAUCCUGAUAAAGCGGAUGACAACACCUCGACACGUCAUAUCAAGAGGUUACCACGAUCAGCUCCCUUCUCGUUGUUUGUAGAAACCUUGGAACGAGAUGGCUGUGUAAUUGUCAAAGAUUUCACGGAUAUAACGACUUUAUCACAAGCGGAUCAGGAAGUCAGGCCGUGGUUGGAUAACCAGGAUGGAGGUCCAGCCGUGGGCGCACUUCAGGGCCAGACGAGAACGGUGACCCGACUCAUUGGAAGAAGUGCGACUGUGCGUGAGAAAUUUUUCGCCGAUCCCUUAUAUCAAGAUCUCUGUGAGCACUUCUUAGCAUUGGAGACGACACACUAUUAUGGAAACAAGCCUGUAACGACCACCAGCCACCCGUUACUCUCGAUAUCUAUCACCUUCGACAUCCCUCCUGGAACCCCGGCGCAAGAUCUACACCGCGAUGAUAAAAAUCAUCACGCGCGCCAUACCCGUUCCGAUUCCUAUGAGAAGGGUCGUGACAUGCUGCUCGGUUUGUUUGUUCCAGCUUGUGACACAACCAAAGCAAAUGGAGCCACGCGAGUUGUUCCCGGGAGCCACCUCUGGGACGAUAGCAAGCCCGAUUUUGGCCCUGAUGGAAAUCACGGGGUUAUGGAUGCAGAGAUGCAGAUGGGUGAAGCGUUCAUCAUGCUGGGAAGUCUCUAUCACGGUGGUGGCGCAUAUGAGAAGCCUCUGGGCACCAUCAAGGAGGGUGUCAGAGAGAGUAGGACGGUUCAUGCUAUGUUUUCAUGCACCGGGGUGCAUCGUCAGGAAGAAAUCUCGUUUCUUUCCUAUCCUAUCGAGGAAGUCAGGACCUACUCUAAAGUGGUUCAAGAACGGUUGGGUUGGAAGCAGAGCGAACCUAAUCUGGGUUGGGUCGACCUCAAAAGCCCAGAAUUCCUGCUCGAAUCUUGA